GGAUGAGGGGCUGUGGGACCCCCGGGAUAACGGGAUAAGGGCCUGUGGGACUCCCGGGAUAAGGGGCUGUGGGACCCCUGGUGGUGCCGUCCUGCAUGGGGUGUCACCCCAAAUCCGUUUUCCCCUUCCGGAGCCGUCGGUGACCCCCAGGCCCUGGGGGGCUGGUUUGGGGCAGGACCUGCCCGUUUAUACCCUGGGAUUGGUUUGGGCUCCCAGUGACUCCCUCAGAUCCAUAAAUUCCCCCAGGGCUGGGAAUUCCCCUCAGAGGUGCCCCCUUCCCCCUUCCUGUGUCCUCGUGUGGCACUGGGUGUCCCAGGUAAUUGGUGCCUGGCUGCUCCAACGGGAUCAAUCCCAUAAAAAGCCACAACAGGAGCUGAUUCCCAAACCUGAACGAAUUGUGUCGCCCCUGAGGGGGUUUUGUGGGAUCUUAUCAGCUUCCCAGGUGGGAAAUGUGCUUCCAGAGGGGCUCCUGCUGUAAAUCCCACCACAAUUCCGAGCCCGGCGUGGAAUUCCAACUCCGCUCCGUGCCCGUCCCCGGCGAUCCGGCCGCCCUUCCCCGUGCCCAUCCCGGCCAUCCGUGUCCCCGUGCAGGCCCAGGGAGGAUGCUGUUCCCGCGGCUCCUGCUGUGCCUGCUGGCGUGGGCGCUGUGCGGCUCCGGGAAGCCGACGGAGCGCAAGGAGCGGGUGGUGCGGGAGGCCCCGCUCAGCGCCCGCGAACACGACGACGCCCAGAGCUUCGACUACGACCACGACGCCUUCCUGGGAGCCGAGGAGGCCAAGAGCUUCGACCAGCUCACCCCCGAGGAGAGCAAGGAGCGCCUGGGGAAGAUUGUAGGGAAAAUAGACGAGGAUGGCGACGGGUUCGUGACGGUGGAGGAGCUCAAGGCCUGGAUCAAGUUUGCCCAGAAGCGCUGGAUUUACGAGGAUGUGGAGCGGCAGUGGAAGGGCCACGACCUCAACGAGGAUGGGCUGGUCUCCUGGGAGGAGUAUAAAAAUGCCACCUAUGGAUACAUCCUGGAUGAUCCCGACCCCGACGACGGCUUCAACUACAAACAGAUGAUGGUGCGGGACGAGCGGCGCUUCAAGAUGGCCGACAAGGACGGGGACCUGGCGGCCACCAAGGAGGAGUUCACGGCCUUCCUGCACCCCGAGGAGUACGACUACAUGAAGGACAUCGUCGUGCAGGAAACCAUGGAGGACAUUGACAAGAACGGUGAUGGCUUCAUUGAUCUGGAGGAGUACAUCGGUGACAUGUACAGCCAGGAUGGUGACGCCGACGAGCCCGAGUGGGUGAAGACGGAGAGGGAACAGUUUGUGGAAUUCCGGGACAAGAACCGGGAUGGGAAGAUGGACAAGGAGGAGACCAAGGAUUGGAUCCUGCCCUCGGACUACGACCACGCCGAGGCCGAGGCCCGGCACCUCGUCUACGAGUCCGACCAGGACAAGGACGGGAAGCUGACGCGGGAGGAGAUCGUGGACAAGUCGGACCUGUUCGUGGGCAGCCAGGCCACGGACUUCGGGGAGGCGCUGGUGCGGCACGACGAGUUCUAGGCCUGUGCCGCCACCUGCUCAGGGGCUCCGUCCCGCGCCCAGGCCGCUCCCGCCACGGGAAACCCCAUCCCGGCUCCAAAGGGAUGGGGCUCGGGAAAGCCACACACCACCCCCCCCCAGCACUUGGGGCUCGUCUUGUCGUGGGUUUUCCUGGGAUUUUAACGACUUUAGGGUUAUUUUUGUAUGUUUUGGUUUUACCAUGUGUGGAAAUGGCUCCCCCCACUUCCCCCCGGCGUGGGGGCGGUGACGGGGCCACCCGGGGCUAUGGGGGGAGUGGGGGAUUCACAGAGGGAUUGGGAUUGGAGGUGGAAUAAAAGUCGGAAUUGGGACGCAGGUUGAAAUUGGAAUUAAAAUUGGAACCGAAGCUGGAAUUGGAAUUAAAAUUGGAAUUUGAAUUGGGAAAUUAAAAUUGGAAUUAAAGUUGGAAUUGAAAUGAAAAUUGGAAUGAAACAUGAAAACGAAAAUUGGAAAUUGAGGUGGGAUUUAAACACGAGAAGUGAAAUCAAAUUAAAUGGAAACACUGAUGUGAAAUUGGAAUGAGAAUUCAAACCCCCAAAAAAAGCCCUGAAACCCAUUGGAGCAGCAGCAGGACCCCGGGAGGUUUCAGGGGGCACCCAGAGGGGACCCUAGGGGAGGUAACCCCGGGGCAUGGGAACCCCCCGUCCCCCAUCGUUGCCCCCCAGGAUCUGGCCGGGCCCCCCCCCCCUGCACCGGCCCCACUCCAAGUGCCUUGAAUCCCCCCAGCUUGGGUGGGCUCAUCCAGCCAUCCCACCCCGCUCUGGGAUGAUUCCCAGUGUUUUCCCUCUUCUGGGUCAUUUGUCCCUGCCCGCAGCUCCUGGAGCUGUGUGGAAUUGGCCUGGUCACCCCCAAAUUCCUGGGUUUUCCCUUAAAUCCUUUUCCAGGGGUUUCCAAGUGCUGACUGGAUCCUCCCUCCUCCUCUUCCUUCUCUUCCUCCUCCUCCUCCUCCUCCUCCUCUCCCACCUCCCCGUCCCUAAAUCCAGGGGCGAGCAUGUUGGGAACAUGUCCUCGUGCUGGGCUCAGGGAUCUGGGAAUGUGGGGGGUGAUUUGGGACACCAGGGGUGAUCUGGGACAGCAGCUGUGAUUUUGGGAACACCGGGAAAGCCCCCCAGUGCACCAUCAGCCCCUGUGGUCCCUCUCCUGCUUCCCCCAUCCACGAGGAUUCGAGUCUCACUGACGACUCCGGACAUGGAUUUUUUGCCUCCUCCGGGUUUAUUUGGUUCUCUGCUCUGGCUGAUUGAAGGGAUCCGGGUCGGCUGGGGCUCAAUAAACUGUUCAACCCCCACGGGCCGGGGGGCCAGACCCCA